AUGGGAGUGAUUAAGAGGUGGACGUCUGUGAAGAAGAAGAAGCAGCAGAAAGAGGAGAUUGAAGUGACGGCGAAAGAAACACAUACAUGGAGGCGACUAAGGGGUAUGUUUUCAUCGUCGCCGUCGUUUAAGUGGAAAAGAGUAGAGAUACUGCAUAUGGAGAUAGUGGACGGAGUGGUCUACAACGUGAUGUAUGUAGUCGAAGCUGUCGUUCUCGUUUCGACUCUCUGUUUCUUCUACCUCUGUUGUGGAUGCCACAUCUGAUCUCUCAUGUUUUUCACAUUCUCUCAAUUCCAUUAUUCUUUUGUAUUCAUGCUCCUCGUCAUCCUUCUCUUAGUAUGUUGUUUAGCUUUAGUCUCAAUUUUACACAGCAAGCUUAUAAUGUAAUCUGAUGUUACUAUGUAGUUCUAUAGAAUAAACUUGAAUUCAUUUGA